ACGCUGAUGACGGUCCUAUCAAACACACUGACAUGGUCCUUUUGGAUGCCCAGGGCAACCACAUCUAUGCUGAGAUUGGUGAGAAGCUUGUGCCUAAGUUUAUGGGCAAACUAAAGGCAGGAUGUGCAUAUGAAAUUUCACAGUUCUUGGUGUUUCUGAACAAAUGUUAUUUCAAGCCUGUCUAUGCGAUACACAUGAUCAGGUUCAAUAGGUUCAGUACGGCCGAUCCUAAUACUGAUCCAGAAGCUCAGUUUCCCUUCUGCACCUACUCACUCACUAAACUGUCACGCCUCCCUGCACCUCUCGAGACACCUGAAUUCUUCACAGUUGUGUUUCCUACACGAUCAUUGUCUUCGUUUGUGACCACGAUGGCGAAGAGAGUGGUAACACCGAUGGGUCGCUUGGAACAUGCGAGGAUUUAUUUUUUCCCGUUGCAACGCACGGGCUGCAAUUCUCAUGAGAAAGAACCAGGCGGAGAGCACCAGGCCGGCCAGCGCCACCUCCACGCACGCCGCCGUAGCGGCGUUCACCGGCGGCAAGAGGCGCUCCCGCCGCGCUCGUCCUCGUCCGAGGAUCCUCCAGGGAGCAGGGUGCCCGGCGCGACGCCGUUGCGGGUGCCGUUCGCGAGUCCGAGGGCGACCGGGCUCCAAGUCCCAGCGCGCGCGGCGCAGCUGCUCGACGGGGAGCUUGAUGCCGAGAAGCCGAAGGCAUAA